UCAGUGUUGAAAGCAAAUGUUUGGAGGAAGGGAAAAAAAGAGCAAGAACAAUAAAAAACUGCCACUUAGAAGAAAAAAUAAUGUAAUAUUUGUUAUCUGAUUUUGUGAAACAUAUUUAGAAUAAUAAAGAAUUGUAGAGAGAUUCUUCAUCUUAUGGGUGAUGAAUAGGUAAUAUAAUACUGACGUUUACAACUAACAACAGAAUAGAUGAAUUUGUAAAGUGGAUCACCAAAUAAAACAAGAAAAGUUUCGAAAACCUUAUACAUGUUAUAUUUUAUUCAUUUCUUUCUAAUAUCAAAAUGGAACACAUUCAAAUGAGAGACUUUUCCGAAUUUUGUGAGCAAUUACAUGACAUGAGACUCAAAUUCCAUAAAUGGGAUAGCUGUGAAAGAACUAUUGCUCUGUACUAUCUGAUGGCUGGGUUGCCUUUUGCUAAUGCAAGAUUCUUACAACAUGCCAUCGAGGGUUGUAUUGCUAUAGUGAAGACACCUGAAGCUCAAAUCCUGGAAAAGAAUGCCAAUGAUGUAACUUAUAUUACCAGUAUGCUUGCAGAACAUCCCCAAAAUGCUUUAUCCCUUCUUCUUACUCAUUUACCUCUACUUCAACCUGGAAAUAAAGAUACAGCAUAUUGUUAUUUGGAAGCUAUCAAAAAGGUUUUAACAGGAUCUGUAACUCCACCCUAUAAAAUUCAUAAUGAGUGUGUGGAACUUAUGUCUUAUGUUUUUGUACAUCCUGCAUUUGACAAAAACGACAAAAAGAAAUUUAAACAUUUAUUAAAGCAAGUCUUGAAUAAAGUCAGUCCAGAAACCUUUGUUCAUUCUCAAAGUAAUGGAACCAAUGAAGAAACUGUUAAUCGAGAACCUAUCCAAAAUACAUUGAGACAAAAUAGAAGGUCUAAUAGUCUGACUCCAGCUCAAACUAACUCAUUUGAUAAUAUUCAACAAAAUCAAGUGUGGUCCUCUCAGGAAAAUUUAACUCAUCCUACACCAAAGCAGCGUAGUUAUUCAUUAUCAAAUGACAAACCAUUAGUUAUAAAUGCGCCUCCAAUUCAGGUUAGUAGUUCUGAAACAAGACUCCAGGAUAUUGACGGUAUCAAAAAUUAUCCCGUUAUGAAGAGUAUAGUGUCAUGGUUAAAAAGUCUAAGGUUACACAAAUACAGUUGGAUUUUCACCAAUCUAUCAUAUCAUCAGAUGUUGAACUUGGAUGAAGCUACCCUUGAGGGUAUAGGAAUAACAAAAGGUGCUAGACAUAAGUUACUCUUGAACCUAGGUAAACUGAAAGAACGACCUAUUUUGAUGAAUGAACUAGAAACUGAAGUAAUAAAUGGAGGGGAUUUAAAUAAUGCUUUGAAGAAGCUGAAGAAUCUAUUGCAGACCCCUCUACAAGUUUCAAUAGAGGAAGAUUUACCAUCUAAAUUUGUUAAAGUUAUGGGAAAAAUAUUCACACAACUACUCAUGUUGAGAAAGCCCACCGAUGAAACAUUGUCAUUGUUCAGUACAAUAUGUGAGAGGGCUGAUCUCUCAGAUUCUUUCACAGAUGAGCAAAAGCACAGGCUGGCAAUGUGGCAAAACCAGCUGACUAAGGGACCAGGUCAAAUACCGUUCUCCAUGCAAUAUGGGGGCGUUUCCCAAAAACCUCUCCACUGUCAGCCUGUUAACUUAUCAGUAGCCAAAUCUACAUUUCAUCAGGCAGAUUAUGCUAAAAAAAGCUCAUCUUUUCCUAACGUUCAAGUAACACCAAUGCAUACUGGGCAUCGUCAUUCCAUUGGUAGUGUUACUUUGCAGAAUCACUUGGCAAACUUUCCCUCACAAAAUCCAUGGCACCAUGAAAGUCAGAUGAUGACGGUUCAACGUGAGAAGAAUAUUAAUUACAUAGAAGCUCCACAACAUCAAGUUCGUUUUCAGAAUGUAGAGGAAAAUGAAGUUCGAAGAAAGCAGCAAAUUCUUAAAAACCUGGACAUUGAAAGUAGUCUAGAGUCACUUUGCCUCCAAAUGAUGGAACAUGCCUUAGGGCCUUGAAAAUGUGAAGGAAUUAUAUAAAUAUCUUAUUCACAUUGGUUCCAUUUAAUGAAUGAAAGAAAUUAAUAUUACAGAACGGAAUCCUUUCAGAAAAAUCACAUUUGAAAGUGCUGCUUUUCAAGAUUACUUAUCACCCUUUCAUUACACAUUCAGAUAUUUGGGGUGAAUAGAAAUGAAUAUUAUAACUAUUGAAUUUCCAGUCAAAUCCUCAAUCUGAAGGUGUUACAAAAGUUCUCUUGGGUUUUAUCUUUUAUCACAGCACAAAGUGAUUUUUCAAGCAGGGAUUCCUCGAAUUCUUUUUGUUUUAUUCAAGAAAUACAUGUGACAAUGGCUGAUUUCAGCUUAAGUGAUUCAAUGGUACUGACUUAUAGGAUGAGUCUGGAAUGAUAUCCUAGAUAAUUAUUGUAAUAACGCCCAGUGAGAAACUUGAAUGUGUAAUGUUUUAAUCUGUUUUUUCAAUUAGUUUGAUACAGUGCAUAGCAUUGAUCGUUUUCUAACUGAGAAAUUUGUUGUAAAUGAGAUAUUCUAGAACUCAAACUGAUUAGAGUAAAUUUAUAUUUUUAUAUUCACUUAAGACAUCGAAUGUUAAUAAACAAAUUUUAUCCUUUCUUGAUAAAUUUGAAUUAAUCAUGUGAAUGAUUUCAUUUUUACAAUAAUUUUUAUUUUGUGAGUUAUAAUUCAAUUCAAAUGUUCAAACAAAGUAAAAUGCUAAAAAAAAUUCAUUUAAUUAAUGAAUUUCCCCAUGAAUUAUUUCAUGUAUCUCAACCUAAACAAAUAUGAAGACUUUAAGUCUCAUACUGGACGUUCACUUAUUUACUUAAAUUCAAAAUAACUGCUGGCAGAUAUUUUACUUUAUUUUCUGUGACACAUUUUAACAUAAGUAUAGAUUUUAUAUUAUAUCUUGAAAUUUAUUUAUAGCAUUUAAUAUCUGUACUGUUUGCUUUAAUUUUCAGACUGGAUUUUUAUAAAUGUCACCCGUAUUAAAAAUUCCUUUUGUAGUAGUUGUUUUAAGACGAUAACAUUUUAGCUCCCAUAGUCUACAAAAUUAAAUUUGAAAUUAUGUUGUGUACUUGUGGAUGUUUUUUGAUCGUCUCUGUGUGAUAAUAUUUCGUCCUUUGACGAAAACUGAUGUUAAAAGACUGAUAUAUGAAUAAAUUGGUAUAUAUACUUCGCU